CAUGCUAUAAUAAACUUGGUGAAGAUCAUCCAGAUUUAAAAACAAUUGCCGAUAAAACUGACAGAAUUUUAAAACAUUUCAAAAGCUGUCAGAAUUUUCAAGAUUCGUAUAGUCAACAAGAAAAGGAUGAAGUUUUUAAACCUAAAGAAGAAUCACAUUUAGGUAAAAGAAUAA